AUGGUAUAUGAAUGGCGUCCUGUACAAUGCUCACACUAUCAAGGUAUAGGACAUAAUGUGUUAGAAUGCAAGCAGAAGAAACAAAUGGUUCAAACACGGCAGAAAUGGGUACCUAAAAAGAAGAAACAAGUAAUAGAAGCAGAUGGAUUUCAACAGGUGGCAGGGCCAUCUAUUCCUAUUCAGCACAUUCAUGUUCCGGUGGUUGUAGAGAAUGCUUUUGCUGCCCUGCAAGAUGGGGAAGAAACACUACAUCAUAAGGGUGUUGAUGAAGGAAGUCAUGAAAUGGGAAUUCAUGGUGAGGAGGGGGAGCCUCCUACCAUGAAUGGAUAA